AUGGUCAAAAACCUUGGCUACUCGGCUAUCAGGGCGCAGGCUAUGACGACUCCGCCGUAUGUUGCGGCCACGAUUCUCACUGUAUCCAUGGCCAUUUGGGCUGACCGGUCACAACAGCGCGCUCGUUGCAUUAUGAUUUGCUAUACGAUUGGCCUUGUGGGUAUUAUCAUUUUAUGGAUCACAGUCCAUCAUCCUAACCUGCCGGGCGUGUCAUAUUUUGCUAUUUUCCUUGCGGCUUCUGGUUACCAUGCGCAGGCUCCAGGAAUCGGCGCCUGGCUGUCUUUGAAUAUCCCGAACCCAACUAAACGGGCCUCGGCAAUUGGCUUUAUGAUGCUUCUUGGGUCCAUUGGAGGUGGCGGAAUUGGAUCAAAUAUUUAUAUCGACUCGCAGGCACCUUACUACCCCCUGGGAUUCGGGUUCUCUGUCGGCUGCACGGUUCUUGGUGCAAUGAUUCCUUGCAUGUGCAACUACUUCUAUCUGAGAUCACAGAACAGGAAACGAGAUGCUCUGUCCCAAGAAGAGGUCGACAAAUUCUCCCUGGAGGAGCUGGCAGAGCUAGGAGAUAUGGCCCCUACUUACAGGUACGUGCUAUAA